AAAGAAAACCCUAAUAUUGAAGCCACUGAAGAUAUUGUAAAAACAAAUCUGUUGAGCACAAUUGAGGAAUUAGGAGAUGUGAAUAUUUCUUUAAAUUAUAGUGAUAAUGAACUAAAUUUACUUCUCCAUCCAAAGGGCAGUGAUGAAUCACUUCAGUUAGGUGUACCAAAUAUUGUUUAUAAAUUUGCGUUACUAAAACAAGAUAGUUCUAAGUUCAAAAAUGAACUUACAAUUCCUUUAAUUCAAACUGUCUUUUUCUUGGAGAAACAGCAACAAGUGUUAUUGAAUUUACUAAAAAAGAAAGACAGAGAAUUGGAAGAAUACAGAAUGGAAAAAGGGGAUAUUUCCAGAAAUGAUUUAAGAACAGAAACAUUUCAUUUGGAAGGAGGAAAUAAUAAUUCAAACAAUUUAUUUUUAAAAGUAUUCAAGGAAGGUGAUGAAUUUUGGAAAGAUUUCACUGACCAGCAUGGUAAAGUUGAAAUUGACUUACUAGAUGUUGAGCCUGAACCCUGGAAUAAAAAUAAAAGAAGAAAAGUAAUUCAUAAUGCCAAAACAGCGCCUAAAAAGGGCAUUCAGUAUAAAAAGUGAUAUUUUUUACUUAAAAUAUAUUUUAUGUAUACAAUAAUUCAGUUGUUCUUUUAUCAGUAUAAGAAUGUUUUCCCUCUAAGGUACUCUAAUAACUAAUUUGUAAGAUAAAAACAUUUGUACAAUAAAUAAAUAAUGUUUUAAUAAUAAUUUAUGUUAUUUGCA